AUGGACGUUAGAAACCCGGGACAGUACAUCUCAGCAUCUUGCGCGCGCAUUCCACCUGCGCCGUGUGGAGGCAACGUUCAGACUGGCAUGAUCAAUGCGAUGUACACUAUGGGCGGUGUGAUCGGAAGCAUGACGGGUCCUGCUGGCGCUGCGCCUGCCAGUGGAUCUCCUUCUAGGCCUGCUGUCUCGUCUACCUAUGCUGCUGGCGGCGCUGCUGGCUCUACCUCGAGGCCGAGUUCUUCUGGCAGUGCUUCGCCUGCGGUCUACCCUGGUGAAGCCAUUAGCAAGAUGGGUAAAUCAAUGGCUCUUGUGGUAGACGCUGCGAUCGCUGUCGCUGUGGCUAUCAUUUUAAUAAGUAAACGAUGA